AUGAGCCUCCAUUUAUUGUACUACUGCAGUGAACCAACCUUGGAUGUGAAAAUUGCCUUUUGUCAGGGAUUUGAUAAACAAGUGGAUGUGUCAUAUAUUGCCAAACAUUACAACAUGAGCAAAAGCAAAGUUGACAACCAGUUCUACAGCGUGGAAGUAGGAGACUCAACCUUCACAGUUCUCAAGCGCUACCAGAAUCUAAAGCCGAUUGGCUCUGGGGCUCAGGGAAUAGUUUGUGCUGCAUAUGAUGCUGUCCUUGACAGAAAUGUGGCCAUUAAGAAGCUCAGCAGACCCUUUCAGAACCAAACACAUGCCAAGAGAGCUUACCGAGAACUGGUCCUCAUGAAGUGUGUGAACCAUAAAAACAUUAUUAGUUUACUAAAUGUCUUCACACCCCAGAAAACGCUGGAGGAGUUCCAAGAUGUUUACUUAGUAAUGGAACUGAUGGAUGCCAACUUGUGUCAGGUGAUACAGAUGGAAUUAGACCAUGAACGAAUGUCUUACCUUCUAUACCAAAUGUUGUGUGGCAUCAAGCACCUUCACUCUGCUGGAAUUAUUCACAGGGAUUUAAAACCAAGUAACAUUGUAGUCAAGUCUGAUUGUACAUUGAAAAUCCUCGACUUCGGACUGGCCAGGACCGCAGGCACGAGCUUCAUGAUGACUCCUUAUGUGGUGACGCGGUAUUACAGAGCCCCCGAAGUCAUCCUGGGAAUGGGCUACAAGGAGAACGUGGAUAUAUGGUCUGUGGGAUGCAUUAUGGGAGAAAUGGUUCGCCACAAAAUCCUCUUUCCAGGAAGGGACUAUAUUGACCAGUGGAACAAAGUAAUUGAGCAACUAGGAACACCAUGUCCAGAAUUCAUGAAGAAAUUGCAACCCACAGUAAGAAAUUAUGUGGAGAACCGGCCUAAGUAUGCAGGACUCACCUUUCCCAAGCUUUUCCCAGAUUCCCUCUUCCCAGCGGAUUCUGAGCACAAUAAACUCAAAGCCAGCCAAGCCAGGGACUUGUUGUCAAAGAUGCUCGUGAUUGACCCAGCCAAAAGGAUAUCAGUGGACGAAGCCUUACAGCAUCCCUACAUCAACGUCUGGUAUGACCCGGCCGAGGUGGAGGCGCCUCCACCUCAGAUAUAUGACAAACAGUUGGAUGAAAGAGAACAUACCAUUGAAGAAUGGAAAGAACUUAUCUAUAAAGAAGUAAUGAAUUCAGAAGAAAAGACUAAAAAUGGUGUCGUAAAAGGACAACCUUCUCCUUCAGGUGCAGCAGUGAACAGCAGUGAGAGUCUCCCUCCAUCCUCGUCCGUCAACGACAUCUCCUCCAUGUCCACCGACCAGACCCUGGCGUCCGACACUGACAGCAGCCUGGAAGCCUCGGCGGGACCCCUGGGUUGUUGCAGGUGCAUCCUACGUAGCAGACUAACAUCUGUGGAGCUGGCCAAGCAGACCAGGGGCCUGAAGAAAGGGCCCUUUUUUAUACGAUCCCACAUGGCCAGUGCCAAAUCAUCACAAAGCAAACUGAGCAGUUUCGAGGGAAGAAUUGACAGAGCAGCUCAAAGGUUCCUGGUGAUUCCACUGUAUUUCAUAGAACGUUUUACAUUUCUUCUUCUUCUUCUUUUUUUUUUUUUUUUGGUCAUGGUAAGGUCUAUUGGCACAAAUAGCACAGCCACAAAGUAUUCUUUUGUUUUUAA